GUGCAAGGCCUCACAUCCAACAUGGCCGCCAGCAGCCCGGCCUCUUCCCCCAUGAACGACGCUGCCCCGCCCGGUCGGACGUGCCGUCGUGUUCCCAUGGCGACUGGGUCAGGAAGUGUCCAUCCGGCUGCCGCCUGCAUGCUGUCCUCUUGCAGGCAGAAAUGGAAAUGGACAGGAAGCUGGACGGGUUCUGCAAGAAUGCCAAGACGUUGGAGAACACGUUUGAAGAGUUCAUGGCGAAGGUCGUGACCGUCUACCGUCAUCAUCGGAAGGCCCUGGUCUUCCAACAUGUGUCGGAGCUGAAGUUCGUGCAAGACGCUGCUGAGCUGGCGAAGAACUUGACUUUGCUGCGGCAACGAUCUUGGCGGCUGCAGCAGCGGAUGGACGAGCUGAACGAACGUGUCCAGCAGCAGGUGGAAGAACUGUGGAGGGCUGAGGUGGACGUGGACAUGAAGCUGCGCGCAUGUAGGGGUUCCUGCAGGGUGGCGCUGCCAUUCAACAUCGACCAUGAUGCUUAUUGGAGACUUCGGGGCGAUGCAGCUCAAUUUGACCAUCGGAGAAGGAAGCAGGCUUCACCUCCAAGAGAUAUCCCACAAAUCAAACUGCGGCCUGUCCUUGUAGGCCCGCCUCCAUCCAAAGAGUACAAGCAGAUCCCGAUUGUUCGGAGCGAACUGCUUACCCAGUUUGAGGACAUUGGACAAAAUCAGCUAUUUGUGGAAAAGUCUGAAAAUGACAAACCUCAAGAAUCCUAACACUUUCCCAACAAACACUACCUACAAUAUUAUUAUUACUAUGUAGAUUAGUUCCACGGUAACGCUAGCCUGGCAAGCCACACCCACUAAAAAACCUGGUCGCAAAACGAACCGUCCAAUCAAAUCCAUUUAAUUGCUGUGACGUACGCAACGUCACAACUGCGGAAGUCCAUCCUCAUUCAAAAUGGCGCGCGGGAGAAAUGGUACUUUGUUGACACCAUUCUGCAUUAAAUCAGUUUUAACUCAUUGGAAACACACAAGAAAAUUAAACCCUGAGUAGUUGACGACACUGGAAUCAUUUAUUUUAAAAGAAGACCUUUUUUUGGUGUUUCUUUGGCGUCACGUCCACCCUUUGCUGUUUAGGUUCUUCGAACUGUGUUUGCCCCGCCUAAUAAAUGCACUAGAAGCGACUCCCCCCAUCCGACCCAACCCGACAGCGUUGGAUCUAGCUUGCCAGGCUAAGUAACACCACCAUCGAAUCUAUUCUAGGACGGCUUGACUUUUCUGUAUCCCACCCACACCAAGUCAGCGGAUGAGUAAGAUAGCACCCGAUGUUAGCAAACUUAGUUUUAAUAUUGCAGCGGUGCCAUUACGAUCAAAUGUAAAUCUUGAGCUUAAUAAAUUCCAGUAAUGAACUUUGACCAGCUUGACAUGCCGCUGACCAGGAAAGUCGCCUUUGUCAUAUCUUGUUGAGGAGCUACUUACUGCACAUUUAACUUAUUAGUCAAAUCAAUGGGUAAAGAUUUCUGGCCCCAAAGACCGGAAAUGCGCUACGAGAUCAGACUCCAGAGAUAAAUGAAACAACUUUAGUCAUCAUUGACUACUGGAUUCGAUUUAUCUUGCUCAUCUGAAAAUAGAUAUGCACAUUGGCUCCAAUGCGCCCUCGACUCUCGUGGGGAUUAGCGGUUCAGAUAAUGAAUGGAUGGAUGGGUUUCAUUAAUUAAAGCUAUUUUUAGUCUUUAAGGUAGUAGAUGUGGUGGGGCGGCGUAUAGCGCCCUCUGUUGACCAGUCGACACUGCCAAAAUCCCAAUACAGUACAGCAUCCUUAUUUAGCAGUGGUAUAUGUGUACUGUGCUAAUGUUUGUUGAAUGAGCUGGUAAACACGUUGACUGUAUUUUGACAAAGAUGAAAUGGACACAAGUUCUUCAAGUAAGUGUGACAUUUAUUAACAAAGUCUCUAUUAUUGUUGUUUAUCAAGAGGCGAAGACGGGUCGUAUCUUCAUGCUGAUGGCUUUGAGCGAGUACCAGCUUCCCUUCCAGUUCAUCCACACGAUGCCGUCGUCCGUGCCGUGUUUGGCCAUCUGCUUGGUGUAGGCUCCGCCAAUAUAGUAUCGGCCGUUGGGAUUGGCUGAAUGGCAGCGGUUGUACCACCAGCCGCCGCCGUCCUCUCUGGCGCACUGCUUUGAGGGGUCGCCGGGAUUCCUGGGGUCAAGUGGAAAAGUGUGAGGUCAUUGUUAAUGGCAUUCAGGCCUGAACACUUAAAAUGAUCAAUAUCCACCAUGCAGCUAGCUCAUACACAAUCAUGGACCCUGAAAUGUAGCAGCGAGCAUACUCGUCGAAAAACACACUAGCACAACCGGAUGUGAGUGAUGGUUACAUGGGCCGUAAAUGGCCACACCCACCAGUUGUCGUUGUCUCUGUCGUAAGUGCUGAACUUUGCGCCAUGGUGUAUGGUCAUCGUGCGGUUCUCCCCAAACAGCUCCAGAGCGCCGUCCAGGAGACAGUUCCCGGCGUUGCCCGAGUAUUCGCUCACUGCCAGCAUGUAGUUAGACGACUCGGACUGCAUUGUGAACCGGCGAUAAAGGCCGGAGACCUGAACGCAAAACGACACAACCAUGAGUGGUAAGUACAUUUGUCUUUGUUGAGACGCCAAGCUCACCUUAGCGCCCGUCCAGUCCUGCAUCUCGAUGAGAAGCUCCGUCGGACCCAUCUUGGUCAGCUGACUGAUGCGUUCGUUGCCCAGCCAGUAUUCACCUGUCUCAUGAUUGGAAGUGAGAUUUGUUGUUCUGCUGCCUUUCUAGGCAACAUAAAAAAAACAAGAUUGACCUGGAGUCUCGCAGUGACCCUUGCCCACGUCCAUCGCGAUGUUCCCAAAACCACGGCGGUACUCGUCCCAGCGUCGGCCAAAGUCCACGCUGCCGUC